AUGUGCACCUCGUUUCCCCAAUUCCCGAGGCUCCCUAGAGAGCUUCAGUUGCUGGUUUGGGAAGCCGCCGCUGCGUCUUCGAUGGAACAGCAAGUUAUUGAGGGCAGAGUCGAGUCCGAAACGCGGAAGCCUGACAUUUACGUCACCUUCCUUUUAUCCAGACUAUCGCGAAUGAGCAGGUCCAUAAUGCCGACCUCGAUUGUGUUCCCGUUCGCAUUGACAGACGUCGCGCCUCCUGUCAUCCUCUCAGUUUGCCAAACAUCGCGCCAGAUUGCUCUCAGGCACAAGAGUUUCACGAAAUUGCCGCUGACAGGCGACAACGAUGAUGAGAGGCUGGUCUGGUUCGACUUCACCUCUGAUAUCGUCUUCAUCCCCAGCAUGCGGUCCACGGCUUACGGCGUCUUGAUAGACUUGGCCCGUAUCAGCAACAAGGAAACGCGUGAGCUUAUUCAGCAUAUGGCGGCGCCAUGGGCACUUUUUCAUACGGGAAAUCGGUGUUUCCAGACCGAGCUUGAACGGAGACAGUGGUGGAUUACUAUGUUAUCCCAGCUCUACGACAUGUUCCCUCGCCUCACGGACUUGUAUCUAUGCAUUUCAGCCGCGAAGCAGAACAACCUUCCCGACCGCGGUGCCCACUUUCUCGAAGACCGCCGUGGUCCUGAGAAGCAACGGCCAGUGUUGGAGCCGAUCCCGGGGCCCCUCGACCAAGUUCAACUGCCUCCUUGUCAUUGCAAGGUGAAGCCGGGGAAUCUGGGUGACACCAUCGAUGAAGUCGAGAAGAGCCUGCGCUCUGAUUGGCUGCGGUCUCAGCUUCAGAGGGUCUUCGAUGGCCGGCAUCAUGGCGGGGCGAAGGUGCCAGCACCCUUUCGUGUUCACGGGAGGAGACUCAGGCUGGAAAGGAUUGAUUUGGAUACAUGA